CAGCAGUAUAGUGUGUUGUGUAAUCACACUCCCGGUCGCGACGGUGUGUGGGUGAAGAUUUGGAAUUCUCAAUAACACAAUGGCGGAAUUCCAGUCGGAUGUGAAAAUGAACAGAGGAGGAGACCCUUCAGCCAUGACACCCUUCAAGACUGUCUUUACAUACUCUGCUCUCAUGCUGUUCUUCCCUAUCUUUAUGUACUUUUUUUCAAAACAAGUUAUCUUUGAUGGAUUAUUCGGAAUGGAGUCAAAUAGUAGUGUCUUCUAUGCUGCCAUGGUAGCUGUUGUUGUAGUCCAUAUCGUCCUUGGUAUGUUUGUGUGGGCAGCGUUUAAUGAGAAAGCCCCAGCCCCCACCUUAAGAGACUCCAAGCGUGAAUGACAAAGUAGACUUUUAAUGGACUCUUUGUUACAUUUUGAUGUCACAUGGAAACUGGCAACAGCAGAGGGCAAAUGGACAGGAGAACCUUUCGUUUUGGCUUCUUUUGGAAUUUCGAGACAUUAGAGGCCGACAGUUCUGUAACCUGCAUCCCUCUUACAUUGUCUGGAGCCAUUAUGGAUUUAUCAAUGAAUUUGACAUUAAAAGUAAAGAAACACCAUUGAUCACCAGAUUUUUAAACGAAUGGUUAAUCGCUGGCACAUACCUUAUUUGAGUUUUUUUCAAUUGGGGUUCAACAGAUCAAAGUUUAACAUAACAAUUUGAUACUACAGUGUAUAUGUAACAAUCAUCUUUCAAGAGAAUAUUUCUGCUUGUGUAUCAAACUAUCAAAAAUACAAAAUUGUUCUCAAGUAAGCCAACUUUUUUUAACUACCAUGUUUGAAAAUUGAUUCCUGUUUUUAUCCAGUUAUUUCCCCAAACCAGUGUUCAUUACUUGCUGGAUGAUUGGAUGGGCUAUAUAGAAAGAAACAGUACACGUAUACAUCUAUUAACUGCAGUACUUUUUACCUGUUAUCAGUUUUAAAAACUAUACUGUAGGCCUACUCAAGUUAUUACACACAUAAGGCCUUUUCACACUAUAGAAAAUCUCUGUGUUUUGGACGUGGGUCAAGUCUAGGUACAUGUACGCGUAUGUUCCUUUCUCUAUGCCCGUACUGACCUUUAUUGUCACACUACAACAUUUCAACAUGGUUUGACCACUGUAGAGUGCUUGGGCUUGGUUUAUGGAGUUGCAUUAAAAGCUAGAUUUUCUUUGAUGAUUUGUGCAAAAAAAAGAUGAACUUUGCUUUCCAAACAUUUUGUGCCAGGUUUGGAGCCGGAAGUAGUGAAACUUUUGGGCAAGAAACAGAACCCAAAAUGACUUACUAACAGGGUAGAAUGUGCAAGUCUCAUGCGAAUUUGUUUAGAAUCUUUUUUUGUUUUUGUCAUACAUGUAUAAACAAAACAAGAUCAUUCUUUAAAUGGGCCCAAUAUUGAAUACAAGUGUGACUUGCACAGUCUAAACAGAGAUAAAACAGAGGUACAUGUAAUACUAUAACUUGAAUAAACAACAUCUGAAAAUAAUA